GUCUGUGAGCGAUUCAGAGGGAGAGAGAGAGAAAGGGAGCAAGGGUGAGAGAGAGAGGGACUUCUAUAUGGCUGCAGUACCACACCAAGUAGCCACAGAAGGAGAUGGGGGAAAAGAAAAUAAAGGGGAGUCAUGCUUAAAAUUCCAGAGCCGUGCAUAACAGCAGAGAAAGGAAGCUCCCCCAGCUUAUGAGAACCCUGCCCCCACUCCCUUCUCCCUUAGAAACAGGGCUGUGGGAUGGUCAUGGAGGUGAGUGCCCUCCAGUGUCCUCAGGGCCCCCGCUCCCUGCCCCCACCCCCACUACCCAAUGCAUGAAUGAAUGAGGUCCUCUCUGCCUGCACUCUGCUACCGUUCCUAAUGGCUUCCAGCACUGCCAGUAACUCAAACCGCAGCACACCGGCCUGCUCCCCCAUCCUCCGGAAGCGGUCGCGCUCGCCAACCCCGCAGAACCAGGACGGAGACACCAUGGUGGAGAAGGGCUCAGAUCACUCCUCAGACAAGUCCCCAUCCACACCGGAGCAGGGUGUGCAGCGUAGCUGCUCCUCACAGUCUGGCAGAAGUGGUGGCAAAAAUUCCAAGAAAAGCCAGAGCUGGUAUAAUGUGUUAAGCCCCACUUACAAGCAGAGAAAUGAAGACUUCAGAAAGCUCUUUAAGCAACUUCCAGACACGGAGCGCCUCAUUGUUGAUUAUUCAUGUGCAUUGCAAAGAGACAUUCUUCUCCAGGGCCGACUCUACCUCUCUGAAAAUUGGAUCUGCUUCUAUAGCAACAUCUUCCGCUGGGAAACUCUGCUGACCGUUCGUUUGAAAGACAUCUGUUCCAUGACUAAAGAAAAAACAGCUCGCCUCAUUCCCAAUGCCAUCCAAGUUUGCACUGACUCAGAAAAGCACUUUUUUACUUCAUUUGGGGCCCGGGAUAGGACAUAUAUGAUGAUGUUCCGGCUGUGGCAGAAUGCUCUCCUCGAAAAGCCCCUGUGCCCCAAGGAGCUCUGGCACUUUGUUCACCAGUGCUACGGGAAUGAAUUGGGCUUGACCAGUGACGACGAGGACUACGUACCCCCCGAUGAUGACUUCAACACGAUGGGGUACUGUGAGGAGAUUCCUGCAGAGGAAAAUGAAGUGAAUGACAGCUCAUCCAAAAGCAGCAUAGAGACCAAGCCAGAUGCUAGUCCACAGCUGCCCAAGAAAUCUAUCACCAAUAGCACACUGACAUCCACAGGGAGCAGUGAAGCUCCUGUUUCGUUUGAUGGCCUGCCUCUGGAGGAGGAGGUCCUGGAGGGCGACGGGUCCCUGGAGAAGGAGCUCGCCAUUGACAACAUCAUUGGGGAGAAGAUAGAGAUCAUCGCACCCGUGAACUCCCCUUCCCUGGACUUCAAUGACAAUGAGGACAUCCCCACCGAGCUCAGUGACUCUUCUGACACCCAUGAUGAAGGGGAAGUCCAGGCCUUCUAUGAGGACCUGAGUGGCCGGCAGUAUGUGAAUGAGGUCUUCAACUUCAGUGUAGACAAGCUCUAUGACCUCUUGUUCACUGACUCACCCUUCCAGCGGGACUUCAUGGAGCAGCGACGCUUCUCAGAUAUUAUCUUCCAUCCAUGGAAAAAGGAAGAGAAUGGAAACCAGAGCCGAGUGAUUCUUUACACCAUCACACUUACCAACCCUCUGGCUCCCAAAACUGCCACUGUCAGGGAGACGCAGACCAUGUACAAGGCAAGCCAGGAGAGUGAGUGUUACGUGAUAGACGCCGAGGUCCUCACCCACGACGUGCCGUACCACGACUACUUCUACACCAUCAACCGCUACACACUCACACGUGUGGCCCGGAACAAGAGCCGACUCAGGGUCUCCACAGAGCUGCGCUACCGAAAACAGCCCUGGGGGUUAGUGAAAACUUUCAUUGAGAAGAACUUCUGGAGUGGACUGGAGGACUACUUCCGCCACUUAGAGAGUGAGCUGACCAAAACGGAGAGCACCUACCUGGCUGAGAUGCACAGACAGUCUCCCAAAGAGAAAGCCAGCAAGCCUCCAACAAUGCGGAGGAGGAAGCGUCCCCAUGCCCACCUACGGGUGCCUCACCUGGAAGAGGUGAUGAGCCCCGUUACCACACCCACUGAUGAAGAUGUGGGCCACAGGAUUAAGCAUGUGGCAGGUUCUACACAGACACGGCAUAUCCCCGAGGACAACCCCAAUGGUUUCCACCUGCAGAGUGUGUCCAAACUGCUGCUGGUUAUCAGCUGUGUUCUGGUGCUGCUGGUCCUCCUUAAUGUGAUGCUCUUCUACAAACUCUGGAUGCUAGAAUAUACCACCCAGACCCUCACUGCCUGGCAAGGUCUGAGGCUCCAAGAAAGGUUACCCCAGUCUCAGACAGAAUGGGCUCAGCUCUUAGAGUCUCAACAAAAGUACCAUGACACUGAGCUCCAAAAAUGGAGGGAGAUCAUCAAAUCCUCGGUGAUGCUUCUGGACCAGAUGAAGGACUCACUCAUCAAUCUUCAGAAUGGCAUCAGGUCCCGUGACUACACAUCAGAAAAUGAAGAGAAGAGGAACCGCUAUCAUUGACAAGGCAGGAACAGGGGUGGCUGCAAGAGGCCUGUG